AUGGAUCCAAAAGAAAAGAGAGGAGAAAAAGGUGAGGAUCGUCACCUAGAAUCAGAGGAAGGUUCAUCUGGAGAAGGAAAAUCGAGUGAACCCAGGAAAGAAUCUUCGAACUCGUUUGUGAGUGCUGAAGAAAAUCCAGAAGAAAACCCAUCAGAAGAAUCUCGCAAAAAUCCGAGGGAGAUUCUACGGACUAGCAAGGAAGAUACAGUGGGCGAUGAAAUCCAAGAACUCGAAGAAAGCCCAGAAGAGAAGAUCCAAGAAACGGACGCGGAGAUCCCAGAAGAACCGCAUGAAGAAAACCCUAGGAUCGAAGAUGAGUGCAAGGAAACUGAGGAUCUACAAACCUCUCUGCCUCCAGAACAAGUUGAUACGGGUAAACUUGAUGAACUCUUUACAUACUCUACUAGAGAUAUAGAGGAAAGUUCGGAUAGUGAGCCUAGGUUGAUAAGAAAAAGCACAAGAAGGCGUGUAGAUUUUGAUAAGGAUAUGGAGGAACUGCCCUCGGUUCAAUUAGGGCAGGAGAAAUCGAAGGAUGCUGAAAUCGAAGUAGUUGCGGAAUCAGCAACAGAGACAGAAGUGCUGAAAUCAAUAGAGGAUGAUGAACCUGAAGUGGACUCACGCGCACAAAAGGUUGAAAGCAAGAAACCUAAAACAAAGAUCGGUGAGAAAAAGGGCAAGAGUUCUGACUCUCGAGUGCUAGCUGAACAAGGAGCACGUACCAGAUCUCAGGUGGCUGCAAAACCAGUGGCGACUGCAAAAAGUCGUCCUAAGAAGAUACAAAGGAAGACAAAAUCACAGCAUGCGUUGGUGAUUGCUGAGCACAAAACCCCGAAGAAAGCUGAGAAAAGGAAGGCUGGACCAGCAAAAGACAUGCCCCGGGCAAAAUCCUCAAAGGUUUCUGAGGAAUAUCGAAAGGAGAAAAUGAAGGGGAAGAGAAAGGUUCAGGAAGAGAGUGAGAUACCCAGUUCUCCUUCUGGGUCCGAAGAUGAGGAACUACUGGCGAGCCUGUGCAUGUCUCAUCACUUUGUUGAUGAGAAAUCUGAACAAAGGUUCAAUGACAUGAAGAAUCUCAAUACGAUUGUGGAGAGAAACAUGAAUGUCAGCAACCUCAAGGAGCAAGGGAUAUGGGACAUCCUGGAACGUCUAAAUCUAGAAGAGACAAUCACCUAUGCAUGUCCACACAGCAAAAUUCUGAUCAAAGAAUUUUAUGCAAACAUCACUAAGAAGAUUGUGAAAGCAGGAGAUCCAAUGUACCAUCGGGUGUACAUAAGAGGGAAGAUACUGUACUUUUCUCCAGCAGUAAUCAACAAGUUUUUGGGUUUGAAGAACACAGUCGUGACUACAAUGGACAAGCUGGACAGGGAAAUCGACCAGAAAGAGUUGGAGAUAGCUCUCACUGACACCUUUGAUGAGAAGAGGAAAGGAGAGAUAGCCCCAGUUGAGCUGAACUUCGAGGCUUCAGUACUGUUCAAAAUAGCCAGAUCUAACUGGUUACCAACUCAGCGAUCAAGUCUGAUUCAAAAGAGGCUAGCAGUGCUCAUCUACUGUGUGAAGAAGGGAAUUAAGAUCAAUUAUGGAAAUAUUAUCUUUGAUCAUAUUCUUGAGAGAGCCCUGAACUUCAGAGCAAGAUUCAGACUGCCUUAUCCCUGCCUAAUUCAAAGCAUACUCACUAAGCAGUGCCCGGAACUCAUUGAUCCAAAGGAGAAUACCGAGGUGAUUCAAAAACCUCUGGUGGUUGAGUCAAGAAUCAAAAGGAAGAAGGGAAAAGGAAAGAAGGACGUCAAGAAGAUGCUGGAGACUCUCAAGGAUGCGGAGAAAGCAUUGAUAAAGAUGGAGCUUGGACUAAGGAAGCAGGCAACACACUAUCAGAAAAUCCGUACAACAGUCCACGAAUACAUCGAAGCAACCCUGAGUAAUGUGUUCAUUAUUCGACCAGGGGGAGAACUUGAGGAAAUAGAAGGAGACCUCGACUCAGAAGAAGAAAACUCGGAGGAGGAGGACGAAGAAGAAGACUCUGAGAUGCCUAAGCCAACUCCUAAGAAGGCGGAAGCAUCAAGGAAGUCAGGAACAAUCAAGAAGACUAGGAAAGCCAGGAGUCCUUUUGAUGGCUCAUCGUCUCGUUUCUAA